UAUGGGCUGGCUAUCAACCUGAAGGGAAGUCCAAAGGCUGAUGAACUGUGUCUGUGUGAGUCCACACUGCUCUGGUGUCCUAUAUGCCCUGGGAACACAUCCAGCACAAAUCUGGUGACUGGCUGGCUGGAAUACCACCCUACUGCUUCUCCUUCUGAGGACAUCCCAUUCCAGGACCGGUCUUCCCUCCCCCAGCAUGGAGCCCACCAAAGUACAGUCAGAGGGUGGCCUCAAUGUCACCCUUACCAUCCGCCUCCUCAUGCAUGGAAAAGAGGUCGGGAGUAUAAUUGGAAAGAAAGGGGAGACAGUAAAAAAGAUGAGAGAAGAGAGUGGAGCACGAAUCAAUAUUUCCGAGGGCAACUGUCCAGAGAGGAUUGUCACCAUCACUGGACCAACAGACACCAUCUUCAAGGCUUUUGCCAUGAUUGCCUACAAAUUUGAGGAGGACAUAAUCAAUUCCAUGAGCAACAGCCCAGCAACCAGCAAGCCCCCCGUCACCUUAAGGCUUGUGGUGCCAGCCAGCCAGUGUGGCUCCCUCAUAGGAAAAGGAGGCUCCAAAAUAAAAGAAAUGAGAGAGUCCACAGGGGCCCAGGUUCAGGUGGCAGGGGACAUGCUGCCCAACUCCACAGAACGUGCAGUGACAAUCUCCGGGACCCCAGAAGCCAUCAUCCAGUGUGUCAAACAAAUCUGUGUGGUUAUGCUGGAGUCCCCACCAAAAGGUGCCACCAUCCCUUAUCGCCCAAAGCCGGCCUCCACCCCAGUCAUUUUUUCUGGUGGCCAGGCCUACACAAUUCAGGGACAGUACGCCAUACCACACCCAGAUCAGUUGACCAAGCUCCACCAGUUGGCUAUGCAGCAAACCCCCUUUACCCCUCUCGGACAGACCACCCCUGCUUUCCCUGGUUUGGAUGCCAGUCCACCAGCCAGCACCCAUGAACUCACCAUUCCUAAUGAUCUAAUAGGCUGCAUUAUUGGACGCCAGGGAACCAAAAUAAAUGAGAUUCGACAGAUGUCUGGGGCACAGAUCAAAAUUGCAAACGCCAUGGAGGGCUCGUCUGAGCGCCAGAUCACCAUCACAGGGACUCCUGCUAACAUCAGUCUGGCGCAGUAUCUCAUCAAUGCAAGGCUGACGUCUGAAGUCACUGGAAUGGGCACACUCUAAUUUCUACCCAUCUUCCCUCAGUGCAUCACAUGACCCUUGAGCUUAUGGCAUUGC